AUGUCGGUCAUCCACAAUGAAGAGCUGGUUGCAUACCAGUUGCGCUGCGGCUAUCUCACAGAAAUUGCCGAUGGAGUGGGUGAGCGACUGCUUACCCUUAAUGAGGGGUUCAUGAACUCGUCGGCCUUCAAGGCGGUCGCUUGGCAGGCGAACCCAGACCUUGUCAAACGAUGCUACUCUCCUCCCAUUCCGACCGCGAUCGCCUCCGAAUACUUCCAAGCCCCAAGACAAGCUGGAGUAACCCUCGAAGACGAACCGGAUGAGGCGGGAAUGCUGACUGGUGGGGGCACCGACACCCUCGGCCCGGGCCUGGCUACAAGAAGAAGACGACGUCGCGAAACGCUCGAGGACGAUGAUAGUAGUGAUCUCAGCGACGAGAGCGACGACGACGAUGCGGGCCAGCGAGCGGCUCAGCAGAUCAAGUUUGCCAAGAUGCCCGUUCGAUCGAGGGCCGGGUCCAGCCCCAUUCAGUCGUCUCACAUCAAGCAGUCUCCGGCCAUGUCUCCUAGGGCCACCCACAGCGCCCGCCGAGGCUCACAGUCCGCGCUGGAGAUUGUCAAGGAGAGGGUGCGGCGAGACACGGUCACUAGCAGCGAGGUAUCGUCCGAGAACGAGUUCGACGCCUCCGGGUUCCACAAGCAGAGAGAGGCUGCGAGAGCCGCGGCCAAGUCUGUCAGGCUCCAGGCUAAGAUCAUGGAGGAGCCAGGUCUCGGGAUCAAGCGGGCAGGCACUGACCUGCUGCCGGAGGAGGAGGAUGAUUCCGAUGGGUCGGACAUGUCCGGUGCCUACGUUGAGAGCAUCGACUCGGCCUCGAUCCUGGACGCUGUCGAGAACCCUGAACCACCCCCUCACAAACAAGUUGUCGGAACGCCCCCUCGAGAGUUUACGAGGACUUCUACCGUCCGCAAGUCACAAGCCCCGCCCCGCAUCCUGCAGGCACUACCGCCGCCUCGUCCGAUGAGCACCAUUCGGCCCAUGAGCAUGAUCCAACCCAAGAGUCUGCUCUCCGCCGCGCUCAAGGCGAGAAAGACGAAGCCCAAGGUGCCGUUUGAAGGCUUUGCGGCCCUCUCUGGCCAGGGCGAGAAUAAUCCCAUCGCCGUUCGGAUCUACCCCGCGUUUUCCGAUAACCCCGCGAAACCGUUCGAAGUUCCCAUUCGGCGCAUGGUACACCACGGCGAGGGCGGCGACAGACCCGUGACGGUGGCGGACCUUAUCGGUCUUGCUCUCUGGAGGUAUAACGAAGAGAAACGCCAGCCGCCCAUACCUGCCGACAAAUCCAACAUCAACUGGUUUACUCUUAGGAUGGUCGAGGAGGAUGGCGAGGUCGACGACGACUUCCCGCCAUUUGAGCGCAACAAGGCGCUGACGUCAUUCACCACGGCCAACAACCGAGCUGCCGGAAGAAUGCGUGCCAACUCCAAGACGUACGACAACUUCGGCCUGGUUCAGGCAACUCAAUCCGAGUUCAACGAGAACCAGAGCAUCACGCCGCAGGAGGAAGAGGAAGCGGCUGAAGAAGCCGACGAGGACUUGACACCGCGCAACACGCCGCAGCCGAAUCUGAACUCGUUUCUACCUGUCGCCACAGAGCCUCGUCCGAACCCCGUCACGAAUACUACAUAUCGUCAACAGCAUAGUAUGUUCGCUGACGCACCUCAGGCGCCGGCAGCGACGCCCAAUACGAGCCGGGGUCAACAGAAGCUCCUGCGCGUGCAUCUUCACUCGACCGACGUGGCCCCCGGCCAGCUGGUCACGCUAGACACCACGACGGAAACGUACAUGGCCGAAGUCCUAGAUAUGGUAUGCCGCAAGAGACAACUGGACAAGGCCAACCACGUUCUCAAGAUGCCCGGCGGCGGUCCCGUAAUCCUGCUUGAUACCAAGGUCGCAGCAAUCGGUAGCUUGGCCGAUCUAGAGUUGCAUCGGCGCCGCUUCGCUACAGACGGUCCGCUCGCCAUGACUGGGUCGCCGAGCAGUGCUUCGCCAAAGCUUCUCCCCUUUGUAGACGGACAGCCGGGACGCAAGUCCAAAAAGCCGCACAUCAUGGGAAGUCACCCGUUGGCUCAGGAGGCCAUCAAGCAGGCGGAGCUCACCAGUGCGUAUCACAAGUCCUGGGUUGUAUGGCGGCUGCGCACAGUCCGGAUGAUCACGCAGUCAGAGAAGCGGUUCGAGAUCGAUGGCGAGUAUGUGCACAUCAAACCAACGACGAGGGACUCCAAGACCACGACCGCGCAUAUAUCUCAGGUAAUUGGAUGCAAGGUCUCGAGCAAGCAUCCAAACCAAUUCAAGCUCUUCAUAUACAAGGACACGGAGAGUAAGCGCUACGAUUUCGAGGCGAAAUCCGUCGAAGAAGCGCACGAGAUCGUCAACGAACUCAAGAAGGGGGUCGCUCAGGUUAUGGGCUGA